GCCUUUGUAUUUGAGGCUGAAUAUACUGAGGGAACAACUAGUAAACGUUCAAGGAAUAGAAAGCAGAAGAAUAAACGUAAGCAGGGAGCAGGUGAAGGUUUGAAAGAUGACGAAAAUAUGACAGAAAAAGUCAAAGAUUUCCAACAACAUCAGCAACAACCACCACAACGAAUGAGAAAUGAUGUCGAGGAACUGUCCGAGAAUCCAAUGCAGUCUACGAUUGAUACACACCAUUCAAAUCGUAAACAAGAACGAAACGCAAGUGCUCAGCAACGUGAACGGGAGCAAACAAGGCAACCGAAAGAUCAUAGGAAACCACGAGAACUCAAAAUUCAGUAUAAGAAUCAACGACAAUUAGCGCCCGCGUUUGGGCAACAGACACAUCCAAACAUGCAAAUACAUCAACAACAACAACAACAACAGCAGGAACGACACCAACACCAACAAGAACAACAGGAAAAACGACAACAACUGAGACAACAACAGCAGCAACAACAACGAAAACAACAACAGCAACAACAAAAACAACAUCAACAACAAAAGCAACAAGGACAACAGACUAAACAACAAGAGGUUUCGGUUGCCCACGAUCGUAUAACGUCACCCAAAGGAAAACAGCAAAAGCAACAACCACAAAAACAACAACAGCAGAAACAGGUCAAACAACAAGAGAUUGCGGUCGGGCAUAAUCAUAUAAACUUUCCGAAAGGAAGACAGCCACAGCAGCAAAAUGAUCAUUCAAAUCAAUCACCCAAAGGAAGACAAGCGGUAAUGACAAGUCAUAAUGAAAGGACACCGACUACAGAUGCAAAUGACCAACUCGUCGUCAAAGUUACUGGGGAACAACGGGAGGUGAUUCCUAAAAGCCCUCAGAAAAGUCCUGCGAAUAAUUCAAAUGAGAAACCGAGACGGAGAAGGCCUCGGCGCAAACGCAAAGUUGAUAAUACAAAAGACUGUACAGAAUAGUUGAUAUCCUUACCAAAACAACACAGUCGAGUCGAAUCCAAG